AUGUCUUUAACUACAGAGACAAUGAAUCGAUCUGCGAAUGAGAUACUCAUUCGUGUACGGGCCGUUGCUAUCAACCCAGCCGACUACGCCGUUCAAAAGCUCGGCAUUGUCAUUAAACCCGAGUUCUACCCUUACGUCAGCGGUACCGAUGUGUCUGGAGAAGUCGUCUCUGUUGGCCCUGAUCAGGCGAGGUUUAGACCUGGAGACCGUGUAGUGGGCCAUGCAAUGGCAUGUCAGAAGGGCGAUAAUAAGUACGGGGCAUUCCAAGAUUACUCAAUCAUGGUUGAGCCCAUGGUAGCCAAGAUCCCAGAUCGCAUAUCUUUCAAGGAAGCAGCAGUUCUUCCCAUGGGGCUCGCAACAUCAGCUGUUAUGCUUUUCAGCCCAACUUUGAUGGGCCUCGACCUGCCUGUGGCUGGCACCGAGAUGAACUCCGAGGGACAAGUCGUGGUAGUCUGGGGAGGCAGCUCAAGUGUUGGGUCAAAUGCCAUCCAGACUGUGAAAGCAGCUGGAUAUAUCGUUGUGGCUACAGCCAGCGAGCAUAACCACGGAUUGCUGAGAGAGAUGAACGUGGAAUAUGUCUUUGACUACAAGAAAGGUGGAGUUGAAGAAGAGAUCAUCAACACUUUGAGCAGCGUCGGCGAUCUUGCAGGGGUUUACUGUGCUGUAUACUCCGAUGCUGCCAUUACGGCAUGUGCAACAAUUGCAGACAGAAUCCAAGGAAAGAAAUGUCUGGGGACUAUACUUCCUCCUGGGAUGCCGGUGCCUGGAACGAUACCCGACGGCGUGAAGGUUCUGAUCAAUGACCAUGUUCUUCUGGGAUCAACCGAGACUGGGAAGAGACUAUGGGUUGAUUGGCUUCCUGGAGCUCUCGAAGAUGGGAAUAUGAAGUUUAUGCCCCAUCCUGAGGUGGUUGGGAAGGGGCUUGAGAAGAUUCAGGAUGCAGUCGAUGCAAUUGGCAAAGGGGUGAUUGGAAAGAAGCUGGUGGUCGAACUUUAG